AUGGCGCGCGCCCCGGAUCUAAGUGAGCAGUUGGUGAAAGUCAAAUGUAUGGAGGGCAAAAAGUUCGUGCCGCUUGACAUUCUGGAGAAAGUCGUCACCGUGGACAACGUCGCAAAGCAGCUUGAAAUCCUAAGCAGAGGCCAGUCCGAUUUUACGGAGAAGGUGGACGAGGGUCUGCCCAAGAAGGUGGUGCAGCAAGCGAGCAAGGUGUUUGCUGUUCUUUUGCUCAUGGAAAAGACUGAAUAUAUAGAAUCCCUGCUCGAGGCCGAUCUUUCAGACCGGUAUCUUCCACUUUCAAUUGACCAAACGGGCGAGAUUCUAAAGUCAUGCGACGGCUCCACACUCUUUUCGUUUGGGAACUGGUCACGGCUAAAAAAGGGAGACUUUGAAGACGAACAGCAGUGGCUGUUUCUGGCGCCCGUGCUGGACACGAGUGGUCAGCUCCUCAAACUCGACCCAAGAUGCCCAUUACCCUUCAUAGAUUCAAGCAUCAAGGAAACAGGGGGGGCCGGAAUCAUCCAUCACGCCCGAGUGCACGAAGCACACCAGCGAGGCUACGUUGAGGAAACAUUCGAUCUACAAGUCGCCGUAAAGCAGUUUGUCAAAAGAAAAGAAUUCGAAACGGAGAACAAGAACCUUCAGAGUAUCAAAUUCCUUCAGCACAAGCACAUCAUCCGGCAUCUCGUCAGCAUCAAUCAGGGCAACGGCUUCACCGUCUUCCCGUGGGCCGACCGCGGAAACUUGCACCAGUUUUGGGAUGCCGCGUACGACCAGGAGAUGUCCACCGAGUACGCCUUGUGGGCUCUACAGCAGAUGCAGGGUCUGGCUGCUGCAGUUGAUAUGCUCCACCAGACGUUCAACUGCCGCCAUGGGGACCUGAAGCCCGGCAAUAUACUCUGCUUCACACAGGGCGUCAGCAGCGGCAAUCGAUCGCCCCUGCCCACUCUCAAAAUUGCUGACUUUGGCAUCUCGCGCAUCCACACCGCCCAGACCAUGAUGAGAGAUCAAAAGACAACCACGAUGUUUUUGACUCCUGCAUACCAGGGCCCCGAAGUCGAAUUUGAGGAGAUCAAUGACGAGAAACCACAUCCCCGGUCGCGCAAGUAUGACAUUUGGUCUCUGGGCUGCAUCUACCUGGAGUUCAUGAUCUGGUUCCUGUACGGACCAAACAUGGUGUACACGUUUGACAUCACGAGGGGCACCACCGAGGGGAGCAAGCGCAGCAACCCGUCAAGUCCGUGGUAUGAGGUUACCAACAGGGCAGCGAAGAUGGCCAAGGUUCACCAGCUCGUUGCGUGGACGAUUGAGAACAUCCAAAACGAUCCGCGAUGCAUGGGAGACACCGUGCUGGCCACCCUAAUUGGCAUCAUCAGGGACCAUAUGCUGCAGCCAGACGUCAACAAGCGCCUAUCGGCUGGGGAGAUCAGCCAUAAGCUGGAGGGGCUGGCCUUGGAAGGAGAGAAGCAUCCGGAUUCUCUUCUCCACACCUGCAGCGGGGAGACUCCUAAACUCGACUUCAAAACCUUCAUAUUCGAGUGGCCCCCAGUUUAG